AUGGCGAAGGAGCUUGAAAGACUCUCCGCCUACAUUGAAAAGUUGCAAAGAGACGGUGAACAAAAGCAGCUGGGACGACAUGUGGACAACUUUGAAUGCCUAUACAAGCUGAAGCGCUCCUUGGCAGGCGAGCGGGCGUCUUCCGAACCCUUUGGAAAGAUGAGGCCCUGCGACCAUACAUGGCCGUCGGUCUCCUCUUCCAGGAUCUGGCAGAUGCAUCCUCCGCAGGGCCUCAUCCAGCAAAUUAAAGAUGCUGUUAACAUCAUCAAGGAGAAUGCAGACGUGUGGGACCAGACCAUCAGCAGGAAAAUCGCAGCCAUCGACAUCAUGAAGACGCGGCAGUCUCAGUUCUUCUCCCUGCUCCUCUCGGCGAUCCGAGGAUGCCUCGUCUUUGUCGCCACUUUCUUUUCGGGCUUAGCCGCGGACGCGGUGUGGGAAGGACGCCUGGGAGCUUCCCUGCAUCUCAGACCUUCUGCUCCUGAAUGCCUCCACCAGGCUGUAGACGGCAAUGCAUAA